AUGCCGUUCAAGCGCGUCGAGUACCGCGACCUCGACAUGUUCUACGUCCUCAACCCGGACCCGGCGAACUUUGCGCGGGCGACGCACGAGAACCUGCCGCCGUCGAACCCGCUCAAGCCUGGCUUGCCGGUCCUCGUCUUUAUCCACGCCGCGGGCUCGAACCUGACGAGCUGGCGUGCCCAGAUAGGCGACGCGCGCCUGUCCAACAGCUUCAACCUCGUCGCCGUCGACUGCCGCUUCCAUGGCUUCACCAAGGGCGGCGAGAGGACGUCGCACACGCUCGAGAACUCGGCAGAGUGCGUCAUGGCGACCCUGGACGAGAUGGACUUUCCGAGCUACAGCAUCUACGGCGAGGGCGUGCACGGUUCGGUCAUCGCGACGUGGAUCGCCAUCAAGCGGCCCGACAAGGUCUCGUCGCUCCUCAUCGCCUCGCCCGGCUUCAUGCCACCUCACGUCGUCGCCAUGCUCCGCGACGUGCACGACGCCCUCAUGGAGAACAAGAACGGCCGAGGCGACGGCACGGGCACGUUCCCGCCCGACGCGCUCGAGGGCAUCUGCGCCUACUUUAUCGGCGGCAACGAGCGGCUGAGGGAUGCGAGAGAGCGCAUGAAGGUGCACUUUCAGGAGCGGUACGGGAGGGGAGAGGGCGCGAGCGCGCACGACGUCAGCUGGCUCUUUCUCGCUGUCUACAACCGCAAGCCGAUCCCGCAAGACCUCCUCGCGUCGAUCCGGUGCCCGGUCCUCAUCCUGCGCGGCGGCGACGACCACAUCGUGUGCCCGCUCGAGGCGUGCGAGAUGUGGCAGCGCUCGUUCGUCAACGCCCGAGGCCCCGUCCAGAUCCACGCCAUCUCUUCGGCGCCCGGCCUCAUCUCGCUCUCGGACAGCAAUAUCGUCAACCGCAUCAUCCUCCAGUUCGUCCAGCGGUCGAUCGCGGCGGCCAAGUGA